CCCAGCUCACCCCGCACGCACGUCCAUGCACCCUGCAGCACCCACCCACACUCUCUCUCUCACUAGACCUCCUUCCUCUCAUCAUAAUUCAUAUACAUAAAAAUAUACAUGUAUAUGCUGAUUUUUAGGUUCUCCCUCUGGCCUCUUCAACCCUGAAUUAUUACCGAAAUGGAUCCGUGUCCUUUUGUUCGGAUUGUUAUAGGAAAUCUUGCAGUAAAAUUUCCUGAUCAUCGAUCGUUUCCAUGUUACUGUAAAAUCAGGCUUAAAGGGUUUUCUACUCAGGUUUUAAAUAUCCCAUUGCAGGUUCAAGAAAGUGAUGCCGUUGCGAGCAAAAUCCACGCCUAUUUCAGCUUGAACAAACCAGAAAUGGAGAAAUUAGCAGAAAAAUCGAAAACUACAGCUGGGAAAUUACCGUUAUUGGAGAUUGAGAUUUACAUGGGCAGGAGAGAGGAUAUAUACAGUUGUGGGUUUAUGAGGAGAAAGAAACUUGUGGGAUAUGUUGCGGUUCUAUUGGAUUUAAAGGGUUUUAUUAAGAAUUACAGUAAUAAUAGCGGCAGUUGUGUGAUUCAGAAUGGUUGGGUUUUAAUUUGUGGGUCUGAAGCAAAAUUGAAUUUGGAUGUAAGGGCUGAACCUGAUCCGAGAUUUGUGUUCAAGUUUGAUGGGGAGCCAGAGUGUAGUCCACAAGUUUUUCAGGUCAGUGGGAAUGUUAAGCAGCCUGUUUUUACUUGCAAGUUCAGUUUCAGAAAUUCUGGGGAGAGGAAUUUGAGAUGCAGAUCUUCCUUAUCUGAGCCAAGUACCUCAACCAGUUGCUUGAGUUCAGUAACAGCUGAUAAAGAACAGCCGAUGAAAGAAAGAAAGGGGUGGUCGAUCACCGUCCACGACCUCUCUGGCUCGCCUGUAGCCGCUGCAUCAAUGGUGACACCAUUUGUGCCAUCGCCUGGCACCGAUAGGGUGAGCCGAUAUAAUCCAGGAGCAUGGCUCAUUCUUCGACACGGCCACAGCACUUGGAAGCCUUGGGGCCGCCUGGAGGCCUGGAGGGAGGGCAAUGGUGGUUUCCUCCUUGGCUACCGCUUCGAACUCAUCUCCGAGGGCGGCAUAGACACUAUCCCACUAGCCAAUUCAACGAUUAGUGCGAAAAAUGGUGGGAAAUUCAGCAUUGACAUAACCACAGGUUCAACCCCAAUGACUAGUCCUAAUAGCAGCUUUGAUCUUAGUUCAGGGUCCGGUUCCGGAACAGAUUUCGGAUCCACAACAGGAUCCGGAUCUUUGGCAAAUAUGUUUUACAGAGGCUUUGUUAUGUCAGCUACGGUCGAGGGCGAUGGUAAAUGCAGCCAACCAGAGGUGGAAAUUGGGAUGCAGCACAUUACAUGCACGGAGGAUGCAGCAGCUUUUGUGGCAUUGGCUGCCGCCAUGGAUCUAAGCAUGGAUGCCUGUAGGUUGUUUUCUCAGAAACUCAAGAAACAACUGAGACAAUUCCACCUCGAAUAACGCAAUUCGCGCUGCAUCAUUUUCUGAGACUGCGUUCAGGAUUUGGUUCUUGGAUAUGCAGUUAAAACUGCCGUCAAUUUUUGCUCCUUUUUGUUAGUGUACAGUGAUUAAUUAGAAUUGUUUGUUUUCCUUUUGCUCUCCGUCGAGCCAUAGAGGCCAAUACUUUGGCUAAGGCAAUUCAGUGCACUUGAAGUCGGACACAAGAGCUCGACCGGACCGCAAACACAAACCGCCACAACACCCAGGCGCUAAAGAAGAAUGUCUUGUUGAUGAGAGACGCCCAAGUUGAUGUAAAAGUGUGUAACUAAUCAGAUUGAAUUGUUCUUUAGUCAAUUUAUUUUCAA